AUGUCGAGCAACUCGAACCAACGGCAUCGCCAAGGAACACUGGAAGCAUGGCUCUCGAAAGGAUCAUCAUCAAAACGUAGCUCCCCGAGACCUAGAUACCGCAGCAGUCAGAAGGACCCGUUUAGACAGGGCGCAGCGCUGGCAGCCGUAGCUCAAGAGACGCGAACAGUGCUUCCCAGUAUCUUGGACCAGUUGCCGCAUAUCGAUGCCAGAAAGGCCGAGCGGCAUUUUUAUACAACCUUGCCUCCUCUCAGUGCAGUCGAUUGCCCACGGAAAACACAAUCAAGACAAACGACUAUCAGAGUUGUGAACGAUGACAGUUUCAAUGCUGCUAUUGCUCUCAACACCGCCAAGGGACCUGCCUCAGGUCGUGUUGCCGUGCUGAAUAUGGCUAGCCAUGUCAGUCCUGGUGGAGGAUGGCUGAAGGGAGCACGGGCUCAAGAGGAGGCCUUAUGUUAUCGAAGCUCGCUGUAUCUUUCACUCCAUCGACGGUACUAUCCUUGGAAACAGCGCAUGGGUAUCUACACCCCUGACGUUGUCAUUAUUCGUUCAGACCAAGAUUCAGGAAACAACCUCCUGACGCCCAGCGUACCAGCCGCAAAGCUCCCAGUUGUCAGUGUUAUCAGCAUCGCUGCAUUGCGCACACCCCCUACCGCCGAAGUUGUUAAGCAUGUACGGGGAGAUUCUGUUACCGAGACUGUUUUUGCGGAACAAUCCGAUCGGGAGCUCACCAAGCUCAAAAUGAGGCUUUGUCUCAGAAUUGCGGCACAUCGAAAUCAUAGAUUGCUUGUGCUCGGUGCUUUGGGAUGUGGUGCGUUUUAUAACCCGCCAAAGGAGGUAGCUCACUGCUGGCUGGAGGUGUUGAAGGAGGCCGAGUUUCAAGGUGGCUGGUGGGAGGAGGUAUGGUUCGCCGUGUUCGAUAAAAAAGGGGAGGGCAACCUGGAGAUAUUUGAGGAGGUGCUUCAUAAUGUUUCUGUGUAA